AACAUAGCAGUCGUUUGAUAAGGAGCGGCUGUCGAGGGAGGUAUAACAAAGAGCUAUAUAGGGCAGACAAGAAGACAAACAACGAUGGGCCGCAUAGAGGAGCUUCCAGACGAUUUUGAUGAGUCCCUAGAUCUCAACAAGGCGCCUGUCUUCACCCCGUUGCCCGCCGCGAAAGAGCCAUCCUUCCUCCCAUCAGGCGAAACUCCCUUUGGAAUAAAGAAAGAUGCCUUGCCCAAGGGGAGCGAGGCUCUUCCGGCCAUGCCACCGGCGAUGGAGUCUGUCAAGUCGCACACUGCAGAUGAGAUAAUAGAACUUAUGAACCAGACCCCGCUGUUCAUGACAGACGUUGACAAGGCACUACAGGCUGAAGGCGAAAAUCCACAGCUAGAUGCCAUCCGAGCACUUCAGAACGAAGGCACACGAGCAGAUAACGCGCAACGAUUCCGCGAAAAUGGAAAUGACUUUGCGAAAGUAAAGCGGUGGAAGGAUGCAAAGGAGUGCUAUACCAAGGGAAUAUCAAUCUUGACCAUGAAAGACGAUAGUUGGGAGGCGCCUGAGGACCCCAAAGAAGAAGCACGAAGACUGCGAGAAAUCGAAGAGGCUUGCUUCAUCAAUAGAGCAUUAUGCAACUUGGAGCUAAAAAACUAUAGAUCAACCACGUUAGACUGUGCGUCUACGUUGAAGCUCAACCCGAAGAAUAUCAAGGCAUUCUACCGUUCCGCUACUGCCCUCCUUGCCCUUAACAAGGUUUUGGAAGCGGAAGAUGCGUGUGGAAGAGGCCUCCACCAUGAUAAGACGAACCAGCCCCUCCAAGAUCUUUCGAAAAAGAUAGCAGCGAGAAAGGCGGAAUUAGAUAAGAUCGCAGCGCGGAAGAGGGAGGAACAACGGCGAGCAGAGAAGAUCCAAUUCACGCUCCGCACGGCACUGGCAGCACGCGAGAUUUCCGUCCGAGAAACCGCCCAGCCGCCAGACAUGGAAGACGCAGUCAUGAAACUCUCCCCUGACCCCUUAUCCCCAGAGAGCACUCUUGUUUUCCCCUGCGUCUUACUCUACCCCAUGCAUGCACAGUCGGAUUUUAUCAAGGAAUUUGCCGAGACAGACACUAUCGCACAGCACCUCGAGUACAUCUUCCCACUACCCUGGGACAAAAACGGUGAAUAUACUAUCGGCUCUGUGGACUGUUACAUGGAGACUGCCGCCGGCGGAAUGAUCAAACCCGGAAAGAAAGUUUCGCUGCUAGCGAUCUUAGGCGGCGGAAAGGUAGAGGUCGUUGAUGGUCUAGUGCGGAUCAAUGUUGUACCUACCAAAAUGGCAGGGAAAUGGAUCGCGGAAAUGAAGGUGCGGAAGAAUGCCUCAAAGUAGACCGGCGGAUAUUUAGCGGAAAAAAGAUCCCUGUUACCUCCCUGGAUAUUCCGCACUUGCUACACCUCCCAUCCGAUGUCAUAUAAAGCAUGGAAUUCGGAAUGGGGCUAGGUCAAGAUUAUGCUUAACAAGCAUAUACAUAACCUGGACGAAAGAAGCGAUAUUACAACAGAAUUGACUUUAAGCAUGAUUUCCUCCAAGGCAGAAGAUUGGAUUUCGGGAGAUAUAUCAAAUAUCUCAUCUCACAUCUCUACCGUGCCGGGUCCAUAAAUGAAUGCAAACAGGGAAAAAAAGGAAGAGAGAAAGCAGCCAAAGCCUGGCUUCUAGGCGAUGGUCUUCAUAACUGCUUGAAGGGCCUGUCCAACUCACACAGGCCA